GACUCUCCGCCGCCAAGCUGUUGACAGAAAAAGGGAUCGACGUUCUUGUCUUGGAAGCGAGAGAGAGGGUUGGGGGACGAACUCACAGCAUCCUAAAGGACCCUGCUGUGGGUUGGGUAGACCUCGGGGGCUCGUACGUGGGUCCCACGCAGAACCAUAUCCUCAGACUGUCGCGCGAGCUGGGUAUCCAGACGUACAGCGUAUUCUCCGAUUUCAAAAGCAUUCACUUCAGCGAGGGAAGAGCUUUUUCUUUAAGCGGUUCAUGGCCGACAUUCGGCUGGCGAAGUCCCCUCGCCUGGUUUGACAUCAACUUCGUCGUACACGAGAUGGAAACGAUGAUGAAAGAGAUCCCGUGCGUCGACCCUUGGAACUGCAGACAUGCUCAAGAAUGGGACAGCCUCACCCUGCAGGUGUUCUAUGAACAAAAAACUUGGACAAAGUACGAUAUAUAG